GCCUGUGACCUGAGGGUUGAGCUCACGGAAACUCCCAGGGAAGUCACCGACAUUGUCCCUUUGCUCUACCUGCUGACCGCUGCUCUCCCCCAAUUCCUCCCGAAAAAUGGAGCGAUCCACACAAGAACUUUUCCUCAACUUCAUGAUUGUCCUGAUUACUGUAUUGCUCAUGUGGCUCCUUGUGAAGUCUUAUCAGGAGUAAAAGACAAUUAGAAACUCUGGGAGGUGAAUUAAGCGUGUAACACCACAGCACGCUGCUGUGAGUAGCUUUCGGUCAGUUGAGAAUGUCAUCAAUUAUUUUUUUACUCUCUCAAAUGUGUUGCCUGUGCUAAUGUUUGUGAUGGGUCUAUGAUGGUGUAAUUAUUUUAUUCUGCUGUGAUCCAGCUGUAAAAUGUAAAAUGCGAGAUCCUUAGAAGCUGUUUGACAUGGCUGCCUUCUCUGGCAGUUACUGUGAAUGCUGUAACCCCUGCCCACCGCGCCGGCCUGUUUGGCAUCGGUGUGAAGUUCUUGAGGGCAUAAAACUGCAGUAUGCGAUGUAACUGUCUGUAUUAACUAGUGUUACAAGGCACAAAGUCGCUUAGCAGAAAGGAAUGUGAGACUUUACUUUCACUUGGUCAUUUCACUUAAAUAAAGAACAUGUAAAACCA